UUAGCUCCCAUGGGUUCUCGAGUCAAAGCAGCAGUCCACCUGAAAUAGCUUCUUAAAGUUGUUUGCUUCGCCUCAAUAAGUUUGACUCUUUGCCUUCACUAAUACGACGAUGGUGACCAAAACCGGAUCAUGCCUUUGCGGUGGAAUCAAAGUCCUUAUCCAGGGUGCACCGGCAAUGACCAAUUUGUGCCACUGUACCUCAUGCCAAAAGUUCAGUGGCGCAGUGUUUGCACCUCUUGCUGUGUACAAAACCACGAACAUUACAUUCUCAGAGUCGGAACCGUCACUCAUGAAAACGUAUGAUGAUACGAGCCCAGAGUCCGGACGCGUUGUGAAGCGUAUGUUUUGUGGUCGAUGCGGUAGUUCCCUUGGGGGCGUCCGUGGGGGAAUGGAAGAUAUGACCAUCGUGGUCCUUGGCCUCCUCGACGGCGACAAGUCUGAUUUGAAGCCGCAGUUUGAAUUCUUCCGCAAGAGCAAGGUUGAUUGGAUCGAUUCCGUCUCAGGGUCUCAAUGCUUUGAGACGCUUCCCCCGGGGGCUUGAGGCUAUUUUAUUUCUGAACUGGACGUCUUCAUCGUCUUAGGAAAGGUUCCAAUCAUGAGAAAUUAAGGAUCUGGUUGAUGUGACGAUGUAGCUAAUCCUUUCGCUGACCAUUCUAAUUAGAUUUUGUUUGUGAAGAACAUCUAGUUA